AUGUCAUUAAUUACCUCCUUGACGCCAAACCAGGUUAGCGAUGAAUUGAACAAAAUGCAAGCCUUCAUUAAGAAGGAGGCGGAGGAAAAGGCUAGAGAAAUCCAAUUAAAAGCGGAACAGGAGUAUGAAAUCGAGAAGUCUAGCUUGUUUAGAAAAGAAUCCAGUAACAUUGAUGCUCUAACUGCUGAAAAGUUGAAGAAAGCCUCGAUGCAGCAACAAAUUGUGAAAUCGACUAUUGCAAAUAAGAUUAGAUUAAAGGUUUUAUCAGCUAGAGAAGAAAUUUUACAAAACAUAUUCAAUGAAGCAAAAGAGAAAUUGAAGACUAUUUCAGAUUCCGAAUCUGAUUAUGCUUCAGUUCUUUCAAAUUUGACAAAAGAAGGUUUAUUGAAACUUUUGGAGCCAAGAGUUACUGUUAAAAUUAGGGAAAGCGAUGUCGAAUUGUUUAAAUCCUUAGAGGAAGCUAUCUGCAUGGAAUAUAAGGAGAUUUCUGGUAAAAGCGUUAUAAUUAAUAUCUCUUCUGACUAUUUAAACAAGGAUAUCGCUGGCGGUGUCAUAAUCACUGAUGCCUCAAGUAAAAUCACUAUUGAUAAUACUUUGGAAAAGAGAUUGGAGUUACUAGAUGAGAGUGCUUUACCUGCGAUCAGGAUGGAAUUAUUUGGACCUUCUAAAACGAGAAAAUUUUUUGAUUGA